GUUCAAUUAAUAAAAUGUUUAAUUUGUUAUUUUAACAACUAUCACAACAACAAAAGCUUUUUUGGUACAGAAUCAACAUUUUUUAAAGCUUAAAAUUAAAAUAUUGAUGCUAAAAAUCAAGUGUUGACGUUAAUUUCGACUUUAUAAAAGCAGAUAAGGUGCUCAAACUAAUUUUUUUUUAAAAGUUAUUAAAUUAUUUUGAUUGUUUUCAAAAAUAUGUCACCAAAACUCACCCCUCCAUACGCGUACAUAUUGUUGUGCGUCUGCGAUGGAUUCACCUUCGAAAGAAGAAAACGAGCCUGAAAAAAAAAACAAAUUGAUGUAAAUAAAUAACUGAGCUUGCCCUUGCCCAAAAGAUUAUCUCCAGUAAUGGGUACAGUCAACCGUUUAUCAAAUUACCCUGCAUGCAACUCGCGGUAAUAUAUGCGAAUUUGCAGGGAUUUUGGUAGAUAUUCCGUUGAACUAACUCAAUUAUAAUAAUUCAUCCUCUUGCGAGGCUAGCAUGGAACGCGCGACAACGUAUUCAUCUCGCGAUAAACUAUCGCUGUUUCGCUUUUAUUAUGACGUGAAACGGGACAGGGAUAGUUUAAUGAAAACGUCGGCGCGUAUUCGAAACCAUAUUAAAUUCUGUUGCGUGAUUUUAUAACUACAAAUAAACAGACGAACAAAGACGGCUAAUUAUCUAAAGGAUCUCAAUUUGAUAACGGUGGUAUAUUUCAAAGUUAAAUAAUAUCUACAUACAUAUAUUUAUUUAGUGUUUUCCUUGCGGGGUAGACAGAGCCAUCGGGUUUGAAAAGACUGAUAGGCCAUGUUUAGCUGUUUGACUUAAUGAUCGAAUUGAGAUUCAAAUAGUGACAGGUUGCUAAAUCCCGACGAAAGGAGGAUGGAGCCAAAAAAAAAAAAGAAUACGACUAUUCUUAUUUUUUGGUGCCGGGAACCAAUGGAAAGAAACCAUUUUUUAAAUAACAUAAGUAAUACUAUUUUAUGCAACAAAGUUAUUCAUAGAAAUUUUAACAUUCCAUAUCACAUUGUCAAUAAAUAUAACGUUAAAUUAAGUCAUCCAUUUGAAGAACUUAACAUUUCCAUUUCACGGGUCCGAAUCUUAACUAUCUCAAAAACCAAUCAACCGCUUCACCAAACAAUCGACGAUAAUUAAUCGCACAUUUCUGUCCGUAAAUCACAAAAGGAAACACACAAACGCACGCCGUGAUUCGACAAGCUAAUAAAACAAUAAAAUGGUCGGCGUCGGGCCGCGUUCGGCGAUAAGCCUCACAGAGUAUGAGCGCUAUACUGUGCCGCGCUGUGCUGGCAGCCGUCGCCGUCACAUGUACGUUCCCACCAAUCGCGAUCGCAAACACACAAGGCACAGAACCUGUCCAGCUAAAAGGUUCCAUAUAAUAUAAUAUUGCAAUUAAAACGGACACGAGAAAGGCUUAACCCGCGUAGGUAAUACAACCCUGGGAUAACAAACUUAUUGCUAUCAAAACCUUUCAGAUUUGUUAUGCGUGCUGUGGUUCAGUGGUCUAAAAAAGGAAGAUAUGGAUGUCGCCUUGUUGAGCAAACUGCGACGGCAUAAUAUCAACAUGGGUGAUAUGAACAACGAGACUAUGCCCCGAGAGUGUGCAGUGAGUAAACUCGCAUUGACCACACAAUCUGAAAAGCCUACGGAAGUGACCACUACUUUCUCUACUACUGUUGUAUAUUUCAAUUAUACCAACGCAGAAACAAAACAUGAAUUUAAUCCAAUACUUAAGUUUAUUACUGACUAUCACGAAAUGGCCAACAGAAAGUUUAAAGAAGAAAAUCACAUUGAAACCCAUAAAAUAACAAACGCACAAGAUAUCGUAACAAAUUUUUUUAGCCAGAACAUGAACGGCAAGCCCUAUACGCCAAUUGAAAAAUCGUCAACUACAGAAACAACACAAGUAAAUGUAGACGCCAAAAUUCAUGAUAUUCUUUCUUUUUGGCAAACAAUGGCAAGAAAAAACACGUCAAAAAACAUCUUAACUGGUGGGCACCAAGAACGUAUUGAUAAAGAAACGAUUUCAUUUACAACACCGCUUUAUAAGACACAGAUAACGCUACUCAACCCUGCAACUACACCACCGGUCAAUUCUGGCUCCGCUCCAACCAAGCGAGAUAUAGAUCGAUGGAUUGCUGAAAUUAUUCAAGACAACAUGAAGCGUUUGUCAACCACAACUACUACCACUACACAAAGAAGUGCUACUAAUGACUUAGGGGAACUACUAUUGCCUUUUUAUAAGGAUUUAAUCAAAUCUUACAACAGCAGACAAAGUAUAGAAGAUAUGGUUAACAGUCAAGUAAAAACAGAAAUGAUAGAUAAGUAUACAUCAAAAAGUGAAGAAUCGCAAGCGUUUGAUAGAAAUAAUGUGCCUUAUACUGUGUAUAAAAGCAUCGAUGAUAUUUUAAAAGCUAACGAGCGACUCUAUAAUCCUUUCGAACUUAAUAUAUUUCCAAAAAUAUUAAACACAGAACCGAAAAUGGUUAAUGUAAGGGAACGAGAAAAUAAAAUGGACCCUUCUUGCGAUAAUACUAAUAGAAGACGAUCAAUAAGGAAAAAUUUUAAUGGCCACCAAAAAAUACCGACGAAAACGAUCCAAGAAGUGGCUGAUACCGUGAAACAAAUUGUUCUGAAAGACUUGAGUCAUAUUAUAAAUGUAACAACACCUACUUCUACUCAAGUCUCUACAGUUACGCCGACAUCAUUAACUAUACCGACAACCAGAGCAACAACAUCACAAAUAAAGCUUGAUACCGUAAAACCUGCAGCCAUCAAACCCCAAAAUUGGACUGGAAACGUCAAUCAGGUCAUGGAAAAAAUUUUAGAUUUAUACGAACGAGUCAAAGCAAUAAGCGAAAAGGUCGAUACGUCAAAAAAUGCAAUGAUAACACGCCCCAACCGAAACCAAGGAAGUAGCGGUACUUUGUUUCCCGUUAUACCUACUCAAAGUUUGUCACAAAACACAUUGAACACAAUGCCGAAUAUAAAGCAAGUAGUGAUGAACCCGUAUCGCGACUUGACGCGUCAAGAGAUAGAAAAUCUGCCCUCAAUAAUACAAACGAACUCCGGUGAGGUUGCGCCUUUGGUGAUACCGAUGGCAAGUCCCGUGAAAAUAGUAAACCAAAUUGUUGUAGUGACCACACAGAAACCAACAGUCAAGAAGGACCAUGACAAAUCUGAUAGCAAAUUUAAAACAUUCAUGGAGAACUUGCACAAAAACCGAGGCCAAGCAAGUUUAGAAAGAAAAAUAAGUCAAAAACACAACAUUCCCAACCUGUCUGAACUAGAGAAGUAUUACCAAUUGGCACAUUACGAUAUAAAUCCCUCUCAUAAAGAAGUUACAAAGAAUCACGACAUUGCCGAUAAUAAUGACGACCAAACACAAAAUUUCAAAUCACGGCAUAAUCAACACACAAAGGAACAUUUGGGAUUUUACCACAACGUGAAGAAUAGACAGCAUAUAAAUUAUUUUGAUUUCAUUAGCAACAGCAAUUUGAAAAAAUUGCCUGCUUACCGCCAUAGUGAAAAAUUUCAUGAGAAACUUGAAAGGGAAAACGGGAGGUGGAGGGUUAACAAAGAUGGUUUUUCGAGUGGAAGAGAGGGGGAAAGUCAUAGAAAUGUCGCGCCGCGGCAUCAACAGCCGUUGAAUUCUAGGCAUAAUGAAUAUGACGAUAUUCAUUUCAGGAACUUUUUGAAAACUCAACAGAAAGUAAAUGACAUGCUGGAAAGGAUUUUGGGCACGAAGAAUUCACCCCCCAGUAUCGAGACAGCGUAAUCGGUUUAUUUAAAAUAAGUAAAAUAAUUGCUUCAAAAAU